UCGGCUAACAUCUCUUCUCAGGAAAUAUCUCUCAGUGCUGUACCAGAACUCUCAAUUCGCGAUGUUAGCUCUCAAUAUAGUAUCGUUAAUAUGUUUACCAAUUAUUUGCAUCGAGGGACAAAAAAGCAUCAUCGAAGUUGUGGAAAAUAAGACCCCCGAAAAAUUCAGAGGUGAAUCCGAACCCAACAUCAUUUCUAGAACGGAAUGGAGUGCGCGGGAACAAAAUCGUCCUAAAUUAGCUCUGAACGGUUCGGUGUCUUACGUCAUUCUUCACCAUACAACUAAAAACAAAUGCACUUCGCGCUCCGAAUGUAUUGAAGCAAUGAGAGUUGUCCAGAAUUUCGACAUGGACCUUCACGACAGGAUCGACGUAAGUUACAAUUUUUACGUCGGUGAAGAUGGCAAUGUUUACGAGGGUCGUGGUUGGGACGUCGCUGGAAGUCACACGGAUUUCUACAGCGACAGAAGUAUCGGGAUCUGCUUUAUAGGGGAUUUUCGGAAACAUAAACCCGAACCAGCCGCAAUAAAAGCUCUCGAGGACCUGAUAUCUUACGGUGUUACUUUAGGAAAAAUAGAUCCACAUUAUCAUCUGUACGCUCGUAAUCAAGUGUCCGAUCAAUCCAAACCUGACUCUUCGGAAUUGACCGAAUUAGCAAAAUCUUUGCCGGGCGGAACGAGUUAUUUCGAUAAGCAUAAAUAUUAUGUUUCCUAGACGUAAAUAAAUUUUUUAUUUUAUUAUGUACUUUGUACACCGCACGAAUGAAUAAAUCAGCGGAAGCCGAC